UCGAGAGAUCUCGCCGCCAUCAAGAGGACCUUCCAGAGGACCACCCAUCUUCGCCGGACUCCUCCAUUCUCCAGCAGCGAGUUCGAGAGAUCUCACCGCCAUCAAGAGGACCUUCAAGAGGACCACCCAUCUUCGCCGGACUCCUCCAUUCUCCAGCAGCGAGUUCGAGAGAUGUCGUCGAGCUCAAGAGGACCUUCAAGAGGACCGCCCAUCUUCGCCGGACAGCCCCCAUCGCCAGGAAGAAAAUGGCUGAAUCGGGACCCCAAGGCCGGCCCCCCCCAUCAGGACCAGGAAACGAGACGCAGAGAGGGAGCGAGAGAGAGGGAGAGAGAGGAGGUUCUUGCAGCGGACGUGGUGCAUCCAAUUUGGGGUGAGGACUUGGCGGCGAUUUGGCGGCGACAUUCCUGCCUUCACUUCCAGAGGAAACAACUUGGCGUCCAUGUGUUCAACGUA